ACAUGUAUAAAUGGACACGGACGGCCGCAUCUACAGCUGCUUGAUGCUGUCUCCAACCGCACCUGAAUUCCUCCGCGGCGUUUAAUCGUACAAGAUGAGAUCUCUCAUCACUUGGAGCACAUCCCUCACUCUCGCUUCUGUCGUUACUGCUUCCUUCGAGACCAAUCUCAAUUACAACAGUCCCUCCCGACGCCACCCUUCCUUAGGUGUCGAUGUCCCGAAACUGAAACUUUCAAAACGCGGACUUGAGCCUCGCGCCUGGGACCCAGCGGAGCUCAAAUUCACUCACAAUGUCGCAUCCGGCGACCCCUAUCCUGACAGCGUGAUUCUAUGGACGCGCAUUUCACCUUCCCUGGAGAAUGACAAAUCGAAUGUGACGGUCAAGGGAAACGUGCCGUUGUACAAUCAUGACACGGAAAGGUACAUCAAGGCGUCGCCGAAUCCCGUCUGUGUGGAAUACGAAGUGUCCAAGAACGAAAAGUUCUCAUCUGUAGUAACGAAGGGUACGGCGUACACGACGAGCGACAUUGACUACACGGUCAAGGUGGAGGCGACGGGUUUGGCCCCGUUCACAACGUACUACUACCGGUUCACCGUUUGCGGGUCGACUAACCGGAGCCCCGUGGGAAGGAUGAAGACGAGUCCUGGACCAGAUGAUAACGUCAGUAAAAUCGGUUUUGCGGUAUUCUCGUGCAGCAACUAUCCAAACGGCUACUUCAACGCAUAUGGCAAUGCUGCCCGCAAAGAUAAGAUCGACUAUGUGCUUCACCUUGGCGACUACAUCUAUGAGACUGGCAAGGGUACGCUAGGGAAGGAUCCUCGUGCCACCAACCCGAAGGGCACGAUUUACACGCUCUAUGACUACCGAACCCGCAUUGCUCAGUACAGGACGGACCCCGACCUUCAACUUUCCCAUCAGCGCAAUGCUUGGAUACCAGUUUGGGACGACCAUGAGGUCUCGAACAAUGGCUACCGCGAUGGCGCAUCCGCCCUCAACAACACCGAAGAUUCCUUUGUCAAGGUUGGAGGUAUCUCUGUUGAUCAAAGAAAGAUGAAUGCAGUAAGAGCCUACUUCGAAUGGAUGCCUAUCCGCCAAGUCGACAUGGACGACAACCUGCGCAUCUGGCGCUCGUUCCAGAUGGGCAAACUUCUCGACCUCAUCAUGCUGGAUACCCGCAACUAUGACAGGAGUAUCACUGAUCUCGACUGGAAUAAAGGUUACAUCCAAAAGAUCAAAGAUGAUGCUGGACGAACCCUUAUGGGUGGCCGUCAGGAAAACUGGUUCUACAAUCAGCUCUCCAAGUCCCAUGAGCGUGGCGCUACGUGGCGACUUGUGGGGAACCAGAUCGUCUUCUCGAGGAUCAAUAACACGGCAAAUGCGAACUCGCCCUUGAAUGGUGAUGCUUGGGACGGCUACACUGCCAAUCGCAACCGGACCCUGGAGCACCUCUACAACAACCGCAUCCCCAACACCGCCUUUCUCGCCGGUGACUCGCACGCCAACUGGGUUUCUGAUCUUGUAUGGCUGGACGAGAAGGAGUACAACCCCGCUACCGGUGAUGGUGGCAUUGGGGUCGAAUUUGCCGGCACCGCCGUUUCGUCAAGUGGUUUCGGCGGCACCAUUGCCAGCGCGAACAAGAGGAGCCAGGACUUGGUGAAGGCCAACAAAGAGUUGCAGUGGAGUGAAGGGUAUUAUAGGGGCUAUUAUGAGUUGCAUGUUAAGAAAGGGGAGAUGAGGGCGGAGUACUACGGUUGCCCAACCGUCGCGACUCGCAACCCAUUCGAAAUCAGCCUAGCAAACUUUACUGUCAAGGCUGGAGAGAACCAUCUUACACGAAAUGUAGCAAAUGGCACUGUGGAAAGUGGAGCCCUCCAGACAGGGAACGUGAAGCAGACGAACGUCACAUUGGACACCGAAACGAACACAUGGAAUAUAACGAAGUUUGACCAGAUGUUUAUCAAGUAUUAGUCGCAGUAGGGGCAAGGAGGAGGCCGAAACACCAGGUACAAGGCUGCUGCGUAGUCCGCAUCGGAGAUACAGAAGAGGAGUAUAUACAAAGCGCCGGAUUAACACAUACCGGGUUUGAAGGAUAAUCGCAAUCAUGGAUCCAGAAUCCAGAGAGUGAUCACGUGCCUGUGCGUACUACGGCAAUCCUUGAGUUGUUAAUAUGGCUU